GCUGUGUGCUAAAAAAAAAAAACACCGAGAAGAAGAGUCAGCUCAUUUUUUAACAAAGUCUGAUGCGGCUAGGUCAAUGCUAGCUAGGUAACACUAAUGGUUGUUCUCUCUGCUGGAUUUUUCCACCCUCCCCAUUGCUGACUCGACAUGGGCAAGAGAGACAAUCGAGUGGCUUACAUUAACCCCAUUGCUGCUGCACGAGCCAGAGGACCGGCACAGAACUCCGGUCCAACCAUACAGGAUUAUUUAAGCAGACCUCGACCGACAUGGGAGGAGUUGAAGGAGCAGCUGGAGAAGAAGAAGAAGGGCUCUCGAUCCUUGGCCGACUUCGAGGACAAAAUGAACGAUAAAUGGAGGAGAGAACUGGCGAAAAACCGAGAGAAGCUGUUGGGUGGAAGCGACAAGGACAAAGAGAAAGACAAAAAGACAACAGAGAAGGAAAAAGAGGAGAAGAAAGAGAAAAAAGAGAAAAAGAAGAAGAAGGAAAAGAAGAAAUCCAACAGGCAUUCUUCAUCUUCCUCCUCCUCAUCGAGUUCUGAUUCCUCUAGCAGCUCCUCCUCAGAAUCUGAAGAUGAGGAUGAAAAGAAGAGCGUGAAGAAGAAGCGGAAGAGAAAGAAGUCAUCGGCCAGGAGAGCAUCAGACAGCUCAGAGGAAGAAUCUGAUGCUGAAAUCAAGAAGAAAAAGAAAAGAAUCAAGGAAGAAGGGGACAAAGAUAAGGAUGACAAGAGCCGUAAAAGAAAAAGGAAGGCCGAGCGGAGUUAUAAAGACUCGUCUUCAGAGUCCUCUGUGGACUCUGAGGGGGAGGAGGUAGCUGAAGCCAAGAAGAAAAAGAGAAGUAGUGAAGAACGGGAGAAAAUUACAGACAAAUCCAAGAAGAAAAGGAAAAAGAAGCACAAGAAACAUGGCAGAAAAAAGAAAAAGAAGGCGGCAUCCCAGUCAGACUCGGAGCUCGACUAGCAACCGUAGCUUUACGGUUCACUCAUCUUCCCGACAGUUCACUAGUAGUGUUGUUUUUGCCCUUGACUUCUAAAAACUUGUCCCAUCCAGCUCCAGUCAUUAUGCUUGAGCAAGACACCUACAGACUUGUAAUGGGCUUCUGUGAGCAAAGUGAAAUUGAGGGAGUCAUGCAUCCCUCUCAGUGGCAACUACUGGUACAUAUCUACCGUUAAAAACUUAUUUCUUUUAUCACCACGUUUUUUGACAUUAAUUGUUCUUUGAGUUACACUCAAAACAAAAGGACUGAAGUGAAUUCCACAUCUUUUUUUUUUUUUCAACCCCUCAUUUUGGAAGUGUGACCAGCGCUUACUUUUCACCUUCAGUUUGCUGGCCCCUCUUCGGAGUCGCGCUCUCCACUCCAAACCUGACAUCUUGCAUUUCUAGUUGCUAGAUGAGGCUGUUAUGCUAGUGCCUGUGUCAUGCAUGUAGACCUGAUCACCCGAUGUCUCGCCAGCCUCAUAUUGAAGUUGGACUUAAGAUAUGAAAUGUGAGCUACACAGUUGAAAUUUAUACAAAGGAUAAUUGUCUGAAUUGUUACACUGCAGUGUAAAUGUACAAACAAUGGGAAUUCAUUAAUAAAGUAUUGUUUUAGCCUUUUAUUGCUGUUACUUAGUUAUA